GCGGAUCGGUAUUUUACGACAGGCAGAAUUUUACCAGCUGAACUUAGGAUUGACUAUUAUUUUUAACGGUGUAUUACGGAUGGUCUUAUCAGUCAGCGUUUUGACUACAUCAUGGAAGUUUUUAUCGUAUCGCUCGACUUUCAUCUGUAGUGCAACAAAAUCAGGUCUGGGACAUUCACUCCCACAUCUUGCUUCAAACAGUAGCGAAGUACGGGGGCGGUUUAUUGCCAGCAACUCGUGCCCUUGAUAAAAAAAAAACUGAAGUGAUUCUCAAGCUGUUUUAAUCGUUUUUGAGUUGAAAGCAAAGGACAAUAGACGAACGCUCACUUUUCACAUUGAUUGCGGGUCAUUUCUGCUUAUUGUUAAACUAAUCACGUCGUGUCUUAACGAUUUCCCACAAUUCCAGAGUGGCUUCACAAAACGUGUUAGUUAAGCUGGUACAGCCAGCUGUUCAAGCAUAAGAUAUUUUCCCGCGUUUAGUUCACUUCUGCCAUGUCAAGUUCUUCGUCAACCAAUAUCACGCUUUCAGAGCCCUCUACUGUCCCUCAUCCGGAGCCAGGCCCUGACUGGAAGGUGGCAAAACAGCUUUGGGGAAUCGCUUGGGAGAUCCACUGGGCCGGGUUCGGAGUCCUUUUCAGCAUGUUAGCCACACACUCUUUCCUCGCUCUGGCCGAAGUAAAACAACAACAAGGAUUUGGUCGAAGGCCGUUGGUCGUAGCUAUUAACUCCCUGCUUGUAAUUCUAGGAGUAACCCGAGCCUUGUUUAUGUUUCUUGAUCCUUAUGAGUCUGGAGAGAAUGGUUUACACUGCCCGCAUUGGUUAGUGACAUUGUUUUAUGGUAUUGCUUUCCCCUGUCUAACGUCCUCGUUCUCCUUGAUCCAUCUGGCUUUUUUGGAAGUCGCCAACGUUCACAUUGGACCCAGCAAGCUUCAAAGUGUCCCGUUUUUAGGCGGGGUCAUUACAUCUCACUUUGUUCUCGUCAUAAUUGCGGAAACUACCACUGCUACCAAUGCUAAGUUAACUCCACUGCUUAUCGUGUGCCAGUCAUUUUUCAUCCUUUGGGGAUUUCUUCUCUCGGUGAGCUUUACUUACAGCGGUUUAAAAGUCAUUCUUAGCUCUGAAAAAGUACAGAGACAACUUGAGAUGAUUGAAACUGGAGCAGCUCGACAGACGGCGAGUGAAAAACGACGAAAAACAAAGACCAUUAAGGUCGCAAAGGUCACUUUCGCAACGAGUAUUUUGGGAUUUGCCUGUUGUGGACUGCAGCUUUAUUCAUUGUUCGGCGUUUACAGCUUGUAUAGCAAAGCUGUGGACCCUUCUCCUUGGCCUUGGUGGAUUUUUCAAACAUGUUUUCGAUUGGUAGAAUUCUGCAUGGCUUGUACAAUAGCCUAUAGUGUUAUGCAACGUUCGAAACCGGCUGUAACCAGUAAGAGACAUAUGAGUAACCACACAAUCGAGUAAAGAAACACGAUUUUGUUUAUUGUAUGAAAUUGAAUUGUGAUGUGGUUUUUUAGCAGGAUAAUGGCCAGUAAAAAGGCUAGCUGAAAUUUGUCUACUACGUUAGAUCAAGGCAACAGCUUUAAUCCUCUGGAAAGUGACGUUGUCAGGCUUACGGGAGAAUAUUUUUCAACGUCAUUGAAUCACAGAAUGCGUAAAACAAGUUAGGAAUGGGACAACAAAGGUCAACAAAUGGCAAAUAUUACAAAACGUAAAUAU